CUGCUCUUGCUUCUGCUACUCACUCUCGCCGCUUCACUCUUCGCCUCCUCCCAUCUAGCUUGAUCCCACCAUCCCAUCCAUCCACACGCGAACCACUCCACACCACACCAACACCUACUUUCCUUCCGCCACACGCCGUCCCUCCUCCAUGUCCGCCUAGGUUCUCCCACUAAUCUAACCCUGGGGCUAGUGCCCUAAUCUGCUCUGGCAUUUUUCCCGCUUCGCUUCCGCCUCCGCCUUCCUUCACCAUCCGCCGGUCUCUAGUACCUACCGCCAUGCACAACGCCACGCGCGCGGCGCUUAGGAGCCUCGCGUCCUCCACCUCAUCCGCAUCAUCAUCCCGAGGCCCCUCCCGCCAUGUCGCCGCCGCCACCACCUCCCGCCUCCUCUCCUCCUCCGCUCCCCCCGCAUCCGGCCCCGCGCCACCCGCUUCCGCACCGCCUCCGCCCCCGCCUCCCCCGGAAAGAACCGUGUUCGGCGGGCUUUCCGACUCGGAUCGCAUCUUCACGAAUCUGUACGGGCUGCACGAUCCGUUCAUCAAGGGCGCGAUGCAGCGCGGCGACUGGCACCGCACCAAGGACCUCGUCGCGAAGGGCACCGACUGGAUCGUCAACGAGAUGAAGAAAUCCGGCCUGCGCGGGCGCGGCGGCGCGGGGUUCCCGUCCGGCCUUAAAUGGUCCUUUAUGCCCAAGGUUAACCCCGACGGCCGCCCGUCGUACCUGGUGGUGAACGCGGACGAGAGCGAGCCGGGCACGUGCAAGGAUCGCGAGAUCAUGCGGCACGACCCGCAUAAGCUCAUCGAGGGGUGCCUGAUCGCGGGCGUGGGCAUGCGCGCGCGCUACGGGUACAUCUACAUCCGCGGGGAGUACGUCAACGAGCGCAAGUCCGUCGAGCGCGCGGUCGCGGAGGCGUACGCCAAGGGCUUCCUGGGGCGCAACGCGUGCGGCAGCGGGUACGACUUCGACCUGUACGUGCACCACGGCGCGGGCGCGUACAUCUGCGGGGAGGAGACGGCUCUCCUCGAGUCUCUCGAGGGCAAGCAGGGCAAGCCGCGCCUCAAGCCGCCGUUCCCGGCGAACGCGGGGCUGUACGGGUGCCCGACGACGGUGACGAAUGUGGAAACCGUCGCGGUUUCGCCGACGAUCCUGCGACGCGGGCCGGAGUGGUUCGCGUCGUUCGGGCGCAAGAACAACAGCGGCACGAAGCUGUUCUGCAUCUCGGGCCACGUGAACAAGCCGUGCACAGUGGAGGAAGAGAUGAGCAUCCCGCUGAAAGAACUCAUUGAGCGGCACGCGGGCGGCGUGCGCGGCGGGUGGGACAACCUCCUCGCGAUCAUCCCCGGCGGGUCGUCCGUGCCCAUGCUCCCGAAGCCCAUCUGCGACGACGUCCUCAUGGAUUUCGACUCGCUCAAGGCGGUGCAGUCGGGGCUGGGCACCGCGGCGGUGAUUGUGAUGGAUAAGAGCACGGAUGUAGUGGACGCGAUCGCGCGGCUGUCGUACUUCUACAAACACGAGAGCUGCGGGCAGUGCACGCCGUGCAGGGAGGGCACGCCGUGGCUGUGGCAGCUGCUGGAGCGGAUGAAGGUGGGGGAUGCGCUGAUGGAGGAGAUCGACAUGCUGCAGGAGAUCACCAAGCAGAUCGAGGGCCAUACUAUCUGCGCGCUCGGAGAUGCCGCCGCGUGGCCCGUGCAGGGGCUGCUGCGCCACUUCCGCCCUGAGAUCGAGCGCCGCAUUGAGGAGCGCGCUGCUGCUGCUGCGGCGGCUGCCGCCGUCAAUGCUGCUGCUGCUGAGGUGCCGGAGCAGAUGGCCAGUGCAGGCAUGUGAGCGCUCACCUCACUGCACCGCACUGCACUUCAUAGAGCUUCUACCAGCCUCGCUGCUUGGCGACAUGCUGAUGCCAUCUCUGCCGCACACCCGGCCAUAUGCAUGUAUUCCCAAAAGGCCCUCUUUUAACGCUGCUCAGGGCAAGUGCCAGCUUUGAUGGGGAGAGUGGCAUUCCACUCUACCAUGAUUGUAACUUGUAGUAGACUCAGUAGACCAGACCAGCCUUUUCACCCUGUCCCUCUGCUCAGCACAGCACAUCCCUCCUGACUGCUCUUGGUGUCGUUUGCACCCAUCUCAUGCAUCCAUAGCUUGUCAGGUACUGUCAAUGACGAGUCCAUGUGGACGAUACGGUAAUAGCAUGUUAAGACGAAAGGUCAAAUUAGUGAAGGCGGGUCCAACUUGAGAAGGCCCAG